ACUUGAAUAAAAAUCUUUUUGUUUUUUUUCCAUCAAAAUUGACUUUAAUUUGAUAGUUUCAACUAGAUGUUUCGAAUAAAUAAAUGUUAAAUUCUUUAUCUUUUGUUGAUUUUUGUCGAAUUUUACUAAGAAAAAGAAUAGCAAAUAUUUUAUAAUUUAUUAAUUAGAUUUUAUUCAAUUACUGACAUCCAGAAUCGAUUAAUGAUCAAUUCUUCUAUUUAUCUAUUGAAUAUUCGUAUUGUUUUUAUAUAUUGAAUUAUUUAAUCUGAACGUAUCACUUAUUCUCCUUAGAUCAGCACAUUCAAUUUUAAUAUUUCCUUUCUUUUUCUUCUAUUGAUAUUCAUAUUGACUUCUAAAUAUUCGUUUUUUCAAUAUUAAUAUUCUUUAGAAAUGUCAUUUUCAUCAAAUCUUUCUCAUCGUAUCAAUAUUGGUAUACCAUUUAAACUUUAUUAUAAUAAAUCGCAUAUGAAUAAAAAUAAUAUUAUUGUUUCAUUAAAUGUUCAUAAAUUCGAUUUUCUAUGUUAA